GGAUGAGGAUGCACGCUCUGCUCGCUGCGUCCUUUAUUGUUAUUGUUUUGUUUUUUUUUUUCCUCUGGCUAAAAGGAAUCGCCGGGCGCUGUUUGCAUCCUUCUCCUGCUGCCUUUGCUGUCUGCCCCACUUGCUAGAAGCUGGGCUGAGCUGGAGACCUGUUGCCUGUGCUUCCCACAGCUGCUGGUGUCACCUCGUGCAGGUGAUGUUGGUGACAAGGGGUGAGCUUUGGUGUGGAUGUGGGUACCUGCAGGCCUGGCUUGCACCAGGCAGUGUGCCCACCCUGUCAGCCACCCCCGCUGACCCUUGCUGAAAACAUGAGAGUAGGGCCAGGGAAUGAGCUCAACUCUGUGCUAUGUGCAAUGUCUGCACCCAUUGGCACCGCUUCCCACCACGGCACACUGAAGCCGCUCCCUUGCUCAGGAUUCCCUGCAGCACCCCAAGGUCCCUGGGGCUCUGUGCUCCCCGUGUCCCCACUGUGGGCACAGCACUGGUGGUGCUGAGGGACCCACAUGCAAGCAUCUGUAUGCUCCAUCCUGCCUGGCUGGGAGGGGGCUGGGAGCCAUGAUAUCAGCCACCCACAGCCUGACUCAUCCCAGCUCUCCAGCACAAGCAGUGCAGCUCAGAAGGGCACUCAUUUCAUUUAAACUGAUAAUGCCCCACAUAAUGAUUUUCACUCGUGACCAAGCGUGCCUGCUCCUUACCAAAGGGCAAGAGGGGACACUGAAGGUGACAGGGAGUUCCCACUCGAAGUAGGGAGCCCUGAGAGCAAACCUCUGAUUGAUACCCAUAGGGAUGGAGCCCAAUUGUGCUGCUGGGGCAGGCCCAUGGCAUUGUCCUGUGCCACCCUAACCACGGUGCUCUGGUCCCUGGGAAGUGUCCCCAGGAGAUCCGGGUCACUGGCCCAGGUAGGGAAUGACACAUCUUCUUUCCGGGACACAGAACUCAGCUCCUGCCAAAAAUCCUCAGGGGACCCAGCAUCAAAGCGUGGUCGUCAUCAGGGGAAAAUGCAACGUGACUUGUUCCUCCUGCUGCUCCCGGUCAGGUUUCUCCCUUCUAUUACAGGUUUGCAACAAACAGGAGGCUGGAGGCCCAAGGGACAAGCCCUGCCCGCUGUGCAUCGUGGAGCAGAAAAGUCGCCUCUGGAAAACACUGAAAUCACUGACACUGCUUCGGCUGCUGAAGAGCACAAACCGCAGGGUGCAGCGGCUGCAUGCAGUUGCUGUGCACUGCUGGCACUCACUCAAAGCACAGGGGCUGCCCGGCGUCACAUCACUGCUCCCCAGGUAGGUGGGGGUGCAGAGUCCGUGCCCCAGCCCUGCUGCUCUGCUGGGAAAGGACUACAGCAGGAUAAAGCCCAGGGGUGUGAAUUAGAGGCAGUUUGGGGUGGUGCGGGGAGGGUGCUGGGUUCAGCUUUAAUGGAGGUGUGCAGACAGGUGCAGCCCAUUAGGUGCACUGAGCCACGACCACCCGCACCCGGUGCUGGCAUACAGCCCCUCUGGGCAGCACAGAUGCAGGAUGCUUUUCGGUCUGGGCUUAGGGAAUGUCGCCACAUGCCAGAGGUGGAGGAGGCUGUGGACAACGCUGAGACCAGCUCGACCAGCAGCAUCGUGGAUGCACCAAUGGACUCAGUGACAAGCACACCACCAGCAGCUGUGGAAGCCAAGCGGGACUUAUUGAGGACCCUUCCCCAGCGCUUCCACAUGCCAGCCCCCAAAGUGCUGUGCCGGCCUUCAGCCCAGCGCUGGGUCAAGCCCUGCUGCACCCGAUCCUGCGGAGAGAGCCUGGAGCGCACGCUCACCAUCCAUUACUCCCGGUGACCACCAUUGGUAUGAGCACUGUCCUCACUGAGCAGGGCCACCCCCCUGAGCUCCAGCACAGCUCAUCAGCUGCUGGCUUCACUUUCAGGGCUGCCUGAGGAAUUGGAGAAGAGCUGCCAGGAGACCUGUGAGGUGAUGCACUCAGCCUUCUGCUAUGAAUAAAGGUG